GCGGAAGCCCCGGUCGUUUUGAUUACAGCGCUAGGCCAUUUUCCUACCCAUACGACCGCUGGUAUGUCGGGCAGAGGAAAGGCCAGGAAGCCUGCCGGAGGCAAAAAGCACACAAAGUCCGCUAGAGCCGGGUUGGUCAUGCCUGUUGGCCGAGUUCAUCGUUAUCUCAAAUUGGGCAGAUACGCUCGCCGCACAUCCACGGCCGCCUCCGUUUACCUCUCCGCAGUUAUUGAGUACCUAGUUGCUGAAGUAAACGAACUCUCCGGAAAUGCAGCAAAGGCCAACAAAAGGCUAGUUCGUGUCGCACUCAGCUUAUUUAUCAUCCUUAUCUCGUCUUUUUUCAAGAUAAAGACUAUAACUCCCCGUCACAUCAUGCUGGGCGUAAGGAAUGAUGCUGAAUUAAAUGAACUGCUAAAGAAUGUUCACAUCUCCCAUGGUGGCGUGUUACCUUGCAUUCAUCCUUCGCUACUCAAGCGCAAAUCCUACUCCGAUUCCCUCAUGGCUACCAGUCACAGCGGAGCUGGCGGCGCUGUGAUAAAUCCCUUGCCUGUUACCAAUGCAACCGCAGCGUCCUCGGCCUCCGCACGCGUUCUCACCAGCGCCUCCACGGCUGCCGGUACAGCGUCCAGUGGAAUUGCCAGCAGUUCCUAA